AUAUCUUUGAGAACCCACCCGUUUCCCCGCACCCCGCAAAAGUUUUAACGACAGUUUGUCCUUGUAAAACUUUUUGUAAUGUGUAAUGUGUUCAUGAUAACUUGUUUAAUAACAAUGUAAAGACGGGAAGACGUUGUGUUUGUUAGUGUUUUUGUUCUCAAAUAUAGUUUAGAUACAGCGAUAAAGUUAUAGGUGUUUAAAAAUGUCUAGUGCAAGUAGUAGCAGUACACCCCCGACGAUGGCAUCGAUUAACGAUGUCAGUGCAUUAUUCCAAACAGCUAAGAAAUAUGAGGAAUUGAACGUUAUAGGAACAGGAGCAUAUGGCACAGUAUACAAAGCUAGGGACUUACAUAACGGAGGUCAAAUAGUCGCAAUGAAGAAGGUUAAAGUGGCCCUCACAGAGGAUGGCAUCCCGCUGUCUACGUUACGAGAAAUAGCACUCCUGCGGCAACUGGAGGCUUAUAGACAUCCUAAUAUCGUCAGAUUGCUAGACGUCUGCCACGGAGGUCAGUCCCUUGAACGGGAGCACCAAUUAGUCCUUUUCCUGGUCUUCGAGCAUGUGGAACAGGAUCUGGAGUCCUAUUUGAAGAGAGCACCUGGUCCGCUGAGCGAGAAUCGGAUUAGAAGCAUGUCCUACGACAUCCUCUCCGGCGUGGAUUUCCUUCACUCGCACAGGAUAGUACACCGAGAUCUGAAGCCACAUAACCUAUUGGUGACUUCUGCGGGACGAGUGAAGUUGGCUGACUUUGGGCUCGCUAAAACAUAUGAUACAGAGAUGAAGUUGACUAGUGUGGUGGUGACCCUCUGGUACCGUCCCCCCGAGGUCCUGCUCGGUGUCACAUACAACACCGCAGUGGAUGUAUGGUCCUGUGGCUGUGUGCUCGCUCAGUUGCAUACAAGGACUCCUUUGUUACCCGGCUCCUGUGAUUCUGAACAACUGCAUUGUAUAUUUAGACUAAUAGGCAGACCGCCACGACACGAGUGGCCAGACAACGUGUCCAUAGUAGCGGACAGCUUCCCGGACUAUCCUCCCCAAGAUCUAGCCGAUGUAUUGCCCAGGAUACACCCGCAAGCUUUAGAUCUUAUUAAGGGUAUGCUAGUAUUCGACCCAGCGAAGCGACUCACAGCAUUGGAUUGUCUCGAACACCCAUAUUUUACGGAUGAACCUUUAUCAUAAUAAUAUGUGAAAUAAUAAUGGUAUGGAGAAAGUAAUUUAGUGGCAAAUGUACUGAAAAGUGUAUUUUUUUAGUGUUAUCGUGAAAAAAGACUAAAGUAAGUAAUUUGACUUUUUGAAAGGAAUGUAUUGAAAAAAACUACAAGAUUUUUUAAAAGAUUUAUUGUUUAAAAGAACAUGGUGAGUUUACAAAAUGAUAUUUUUUAAAACACAUUUACACAUUAUAAUAAAAUUAUUGUUUUAGAAAUAAUAACCUAAGAGGAUGUUAGUACCAUUUGUAUAAGAUAAUUAUUUGAAAAUUGAAAAGCUUUUGCUUGAUUAAAAAAGGUAAACAAAUGAGACGAGAGAUUUUUCCACAAUAUUUGUGCACUUUACAUGAAAAUUGAAAAAAUUGGCCGCCGCCUUGGUACAGUGGUUGACGUGUGAGCUUAGAACCGGGGGGUCCCGGGUUCGAUUC